AAACAAAUCAUGUAAAAAAAAAUAAUCAAAAGGAGACUUGAUACAAUUUUUUUGAUACUAGAAACGCGCGUUGUAAACUCAGCUCAGGUAUAACAUUAGCAAUAAAAUAACAAUAACAAAAAUAGACUGCAAUUUUGUGUACACAUUUUAUACAGUUAACAUAAAGAAAAACAAAAAACAAAAAAAAAAAGCAUGCUGAGGCAGCUGCUUAGCGAGGCUUAAAUCAAAUACAAAUAAAGCAAUAAGCAAUAGCCAAAAAGAAAUUUCGUGAAACACGUGCGAAUUUAUGGCGCCGCGUCGCAGCAGCAGCAGCAGCGGCAACUCCCAACAGCAAGAACUGCAACAGCAGCAACAACAAUUGCAACUGCAGCAGGAGCCGCCGCAACUCUACAACUUUGCGACGUCAAACUCGACAAACAUGGCGCCCAUGCAGCAGACGCUCAGCGUCGGCGUUCAGCUGACGCGCUGCUGCUAUCCUAACGGUGAAUGCGUCAAACUGGACGCACUGAUUGCGCUCGACGAACAGGGCCUGGCCGAUUGCGUGCGCGUCCUGUGCAACAACGAGAACUGCAACGUGGGCCAGUAUAUGCAUCGGGAUUGCUUCGAUCGGUGGGAGGCGGGCGUGCUGCAGCAGCUGAAGAGCAGCGCCAGGGCGCGCAGCUGGUCGGAGCGGCAGCGCGUGCAGCAGUUGUGGACGAAGAAGGGCUACGAUCUGGUCUACAAGAACUGCAUAUGCAAGUGCGGACGCGGACAGUUGCGCAAGGAUCUCGAGUGGCCCUCGACGGGCGUUUGCUUCCAGCGGCCGCUCAUCAGCAGCGGCAGCGGCAGCGCCAGCAGCUGCGAAGACGAUGACAAAAAGAAGGCCAAAAAGAAGCGCAAUCGCAACGGCAACGGAAACGGAAACAACACCAACACCAACAACAGCAACGGCAACAACAACAACGGCAGCAAUCAGAAACAGGCUAGUGUUGCACUCGCGCCGCUUAACACAAACUCGGCGAAUUUAACGCCCAAUCCCAAUGUGGGCGUCAUUGGCUCCGGCUUGCCACACAACAACAACAACAACAGCAGCAGCGGCAACAACAACAACAACCAUACAACUGGCCUGCAGGCCAGCGUGGUGGCCACCCUCAGCAACAUACUCAUAAGCAACAACAACAAUAGCAACAGCAACGUGUUGGGCCUGGAUUUGCGCGCUCGCGCUGGAAGCCUCUCUUCCAGCGGCUCCAGUUCGCCCUCGGCCUCGCAGUCCAGCGCGGACAGCUCGCUGUCGCCCGUGCAGAAGCAGCAGCAGCAGCAGCAACAGUUGCACUUGCAGCAACAACAAUUGCAGCUGCUGCAGCAACAGCACAAUGGACUCGGCCUGGCCAAGUGCCUGCUGCAGCCGCCCAACCCGCAGCCCCCGCAGCUGCCCGCUUUGGCCAACAUCAGCAAUUUCAAGCCUCUCGCCAGCUACGAUCAGCAGCAGCUCGUGCAGCAGCAGAAGAACAAAGAAGUCGAAAUCUAUUCGGAGCGUGUGCGCUCCACCUCUGGUUGCAACGGUAUCUUCUCACGUCGUUUGGAUUUCUCAUCAUUCAACUUGCUGCCAAAGACGCGUUUGAAUUCUUAUCAAGUUAAGAUUGAGGAUGAGGGCAAUCAUGGCAACGAUGAGACACGCCUCUUCAUACUCUCCUCGCUGGCCCAAUCCCAGAUGAGCCGCGUCGCCUGCAUAUUGUGCGAGGAGCCGUUGCUUGUAUUCGAUCGCUAUCCCCUGGUCGAUGGCUCCUUCUUUCUAAGUCCCAAGCAGCAUUCCAGCGGCUGCAUUGAGGUCAAAUACGAGGGACGCAUGCUCUACUUGACCUGUGUGUGCAUGAGCUGCCUGGAUGGCACCUCCAGCAGUCGUGUCAUCAGCUGCAGAUUCUGCAAUGAGCCCUGGGAUGGCUCCAGUCUGGUGCUUGGCACCAUGUAUGCCUAUGACAUCUUUGCGGCCAUGCCCUGCUGUGCCGAGCGUUUUAAGUGCAAUAAUUGCUUCAAGAUGCUAAUGCAUCCGCAACAGCGGUUGAGCUUCUACAGCGAUUACUCGCAUGGUGUCACUUGCCCCUUUUGCAACACGCAGGACACUCACUUUGUUAAGCCGCUCAGCUACUGCUACGCCAAGAGCAAUGCGACGCGGCUGCAGGCGAUCGCAUAACAUGAGGCCCCGUUGGAGCCACCAACGGUUGCUGGCGCAAAUCCAAAUUCAGCCAGUGCCAAUGGUGCUUCAACGGCCUCCAUGCAGCCGCUCUAUAAUGCAGCCAUUGACUACUCCGCCCCGCUGCAGCAGCAAAUUAAUCCCGAUUUAAUUGGCGCCCAUCCGCACGCCCAGCAACAUCAGCAGGUAAGACAGCAGCAACAGCAGCAGCCGGCACAACAGCAGCAACAAUUGGUUGCAGCAGCCGCUGCAGCAGCAGUCCCCACAGCGAUUGCUGCCACACAGCGUGCCACAGAAGCCGCCUAUUUGGUAACAGCAGCAGCUGCUCGCGCUAGCUAUCAGCAACAGCAGCAGCAACAACAACAGCAGCAACAACAACAGCAGCAGCAACAACAACAGCAGCAACAACAACAGCAGCAGCAGCAGCAACAACAACAGCACAAAUUAAGCUUCUCAAAUAGCUUCUCAAAGACCAUGGCGGAUGUUAUGAGCAAGUAUCAACAACAACAGCAGCAACAACAACAGCAGCCGCUCAAGCAAUUGGGCCACUUGAGCCUGGGCCAUGAUGCCAACGGACUUUUAUUGAGCAACAUAAACAACAGCAAUGCAAACAACAACAGCAACAACAUUGGUGUUAGCAGCAGUAUUAAUAACUUAUUGAUUAGCCAUAAUUCACAAAACAACAGCAGCAACAGCAGCAACAACAAUGGCCUCAAAAUCAACGCCUGGUCACAGCCAGGCCCCCACAUGGCCCAGGCAGAGGCCAUAUCAGCAUUGUGGGGCUGUGGCAGCAAUGCCUCCACAAGCGGCUCGACCAGCGGCUGCUCAUCGGGCAGCGGCUCACAGCCGUCGCUCAGCCCCACCACCAGCCACAGCAAGGAGCUGCUGUGGGCACAGACCUCGCCCAGCUGCGCUCAGCUCAGGGACAAUUUCUAUGCGGCCAAAGAGCUAUUGCCGCAUGCUGCAUCGCCCACCGCCUCCUUGACCAGCUCAUCGGGCGCGUCCUCCACCGGUGGCGGUGGAAGUGGCAACGGCGCCGGUGUCAGUGGCUGGGGCAAUACAACUGCUGCACACUAUGCCAAGCUGAGUGCUGCACAGAAUAUCUGGGAGCUGCCGACGGCGGCUCCAAGUAAUGUAGCAACGCUCGUACCGGACAUGUUCAGCGAUCUCCUCUGCAAUCUGCACAUUAGCCAGGACGGCAACACUGGCAACAACAACCACAAGGCCAACGAUGCCUCAGAUGUAAGCUCCAAUUCGUCCUCCACUGCGGGCGAGCUGCUAGAAGCGGCCAACAUUUGGCGGCACAGCAACAACAUGAAUGCCACGCUCCAUCAACAGCAGCAGCAGCAGCUGCAACUCUUUGAGGAGCCGGCUGGAGGUGCAGCCUGCAUGCAGCUCUUCAACGACUAUCUAAACAUGAACAACUGAAUCACAAAUGUUACUUUAGCCAAAUUUAACAGAGAAUAGUAACAUUAACAUUAACAUUAACAGCAAAAGCAAAAGCAACAGCAACACGAAUAACCAGCAGGCAGGUAAAAAGCAAAUUUCCAACUUUUUUAGCAAUAUACCCAAAAAAAAGAAGAGCAUAAAGAAAAACAACUAUAAUAAAAAACUUGCCCCUGCCAACAAACCAUGUUGCUGUGUCUAAUUUUAACUAACAUAAACAAAAGAUGGCAAACGAUUUUACUGAAAAAGAAAAAAAAAAGCGGCGUCAAAAACUGCGCGAAGGGCAGAAAACAAAAC